AAACAAAAGUAGAAGAAAAUAGGAGAAAAACGUAAUUCAUAAUUUCAUCGAAUAUAGACAUAUUUGUGGCCACAUGCGACUAUCGCGCGCGCAAUGGUCCGAUUCCUUGUUCUCCCGUCUAAAAAAGCGAUGGCGCCACUGACGACCAGUGCCAGUUAAAAUCAGUGAUGGCCGCAAGGCUUGCGAUGCACAUUACGUUGUGAUUGCGUUGAGUUUGUUUAUCGCGACGUUUCCGUGGUAAGAAAAAUUCUGUGACUUCCAUUCGACGCGGGCUGAUUAUUGCCGUGUAUCUCUGUAAAAAGUACGUUCGGCUGAAUCGUAUUUGUCAGAGUGGCUCACAGAAACUACGCGUUUGCUCCUCUUGACAGAUCUGUCCCGUGUUCGAAGUAGCAGUACCUACUCGAGUGCCACGAGAAGUGUCAUUACAUCGUCAUUUAGGUGACUUUCUCGUAGUAGAAGCCAUCCUAAUGACGUCGCGUAUGUGAUAGAACGAUACGAAAGGAGCCUUUGCCGACACGGGGACGGCGACCCCACACCCGUCGGCAAUUCUUUUUCUUCUCACCCUUGUUGGAGACACGCGCAUCGAAAGCGUCUAAGAUAAGAUGGCGGAGGAUGGCGCCGGAGGGUCGGGAAAUAGCAGCACCGGUGAGGCAAGCCGGUUGCAGCUGUUGCAAGAAAUGCGGCAGCAAAAUUUUGAUAGCAUUCGAUUUGCGUCGUACCGCACUGCAUGCAAAUUGCGAUUUAUUCAGAAGAAAGUUCACUUACACAACGUGGAUAUAUGGAAUGUAAUCGAAGCAUUUCGGGAAAAUGGUUUAAACACUUUGGAACCAUCCAGCACAUUGGGAGUUUCGAGGCUGGAAACUUUAUUGUCUUCCUUAUUCCAUGCCCUUAAUAAACGAGUGCCUGUUUCGCAACAAGCCAAAGUCGAUGCUACAACCGCUCUGUUGAUGAACUGGUUACUUGCUGCCUAUACUACAGGGGAAAACAAUAAGAUAUCCGUUUUCUCUGUGAAAGUAGCGUUAGCUACGUUAUGUGCUGGAAAACUAAUGGACAAAUUUCGAUAUAUAUACUCACAAAUAUCGGAUAGCAAUGGUCACAUGAUACACUGGAGAUUCUCUGACUAUUUGAAGGAAGUUCUAGCGUUAACGGCUGCGGUUUACGAAUCGCCAUCUUUUGGAUACUCCGAGGGUCUUGCCAAUUCAAUAUUUCCCCAAAAUUCGAAAGUCACGGUUAACGAUUUUUUGGAUACGCUUAUGUCUGAUCCAGGACCACACUGUUUAAUCUGGCUUCCAUUGUACCAUAGAAUGGCUGCUGUUGAAACAGUGGCCCAUCCUGUCAUGUGUGACGCGUGUCACAAAGAAAACUUCACCGGCUUCCGAUACAGAUGUCAGAAAUGUCACUCGUACCAGCUCUGUCAAGAUUGUUUUUGGCGCGGUAAAGUUUCUGGGACACAUAAUAACGAUCAUGAAACGAGGGAGUACAGUAGUUUUAAAUCACCGAGCAAACAAAUUGGUCAUUCCUUACGAAAGAGCUUCAGAUGCGUACCUGAAAAGGGGAAGAAUAGUUUACCGAGAUUUCCGGAACAACCUGAGAAGACGUUAGAUUUAUCACACAUAGUCCCGCCAUCACCUUUACCAUCUCACAACGGUUUUCCAGAUCCAGGUUUCAUGGCUCCUUUCGAUUCCGGAUCGAUGGACAGCCGUUCUACUUUAAGGAGUAUGGAUAGUUCAAGAGUGGAUGAUGAACAUAAAUUAAUAGCACGAUACGCACAAAGGUUGGCUCAGGAAGCUAGGACUAUGCCUCGUGCCGCAUCCAGAAUGUCGCAAGCUGACCAAGCAGGUAGGGCACCGUCUGAUGCUAAUUUGGCAUCAUUAGAUGCCUCGAGAGCACAACGCGAACUUAUAUCGCAGUUAGAGGCAAAGAACAAGGAAAUAAUGCGCGAGAUUGCAAGGUUAAGGAGACAACAAGAAAUAGAAGCGGCUGGUUUGGAAAAUCCUGCAUUAAUGUCUGAACUGAGAGCCUUGAGGCAAAGAAAAGAUGAGUUAGAAACUCAUUUAGCAACAUUGCAAGAUUCUAGAAGACAAUUAAUGGUGCAACUGGAAGGUUUAAUGAAAAUGUUAAAGAAUCACCAGGCAUCUCCAAGGUCAACACCAAAUAGUUCACCACGAAGUACAAAGUCACCACCUUUACCUCCUGGUGCAGUGCCAAGUAGUAGAUCAGCUCCACCAACUCCAGGUGGUCCACUUUCUACAACUCCACAACAACAACAACAACAACAACAGUCGCAAAGUCAACAACAAAUGUCUCAAAGCUACCAGAGUCCCGUUCCAACGACAUCAGUGGCGAGUGUAACUAAUAAUACCAUGCUGGGAACAAUACAAAAUCCUAUUCCAGAUAACUUAUCAUGUGUUGGAGGCGACGUAAGGUCUGCGUUCAGGACAAACAGCUUGCCAGGGAGUGGUUCCAGCAGUGCGAAUAAUAGCUUGGGCCGAUCCUUACGAAAUGACUUAUUGGUAGCUGCUGACAGUGUUACUAAUGCCAUGUCAACACUCGUGAGGGAAUUGAAUUCGGUGAACAAAAUUUUACAAAUUUAUUAUGGAACUAAAGCUCAAAUACAAGACUCAGACCAGGAGGAUCAUUCUCACAACUCUGGCCGAAUUAACAUCAGAAAGCCGUUAGAUUUCGAGGCUGGCGAGGAUGGUGAUGAUAGUAGCGGCGGCGGAAAUUCUUGGCGAGAAGAGCUUCAGCGACGCUAUCAACAGGAAAAUGAUUUCUUGGCUGAAUUGCGUGCACGCAAUGUUAAUAUCUCGCAAACGCCAUCUGCUACCCCAUCCAGCGAACAGGAACAAGAAAGAGGCGAAAGGGAAGAGGCAGAUGGAGAGAAGGAGGAUGAAAAUGAAUCUAACUGGACAGAACCAGCAAAAAAAUGGGUCAACCGAUAAGUUUGUUAUACAUGACAUUUAUAUGUAUUCUAACGGCUUAGAAACUGCUACCAAAUGAAACGCAAAUAAGUUACUGUAGCUCCACCGGUUAUUUAUGAUAGGCAUAUAUCUGGGUGUUAGUGUGAAAUAUAACCAAUAUGACAUUAGAUUUUGGACAGUAUUUAAAAAAAAUCUUACAGUUUUCGAAGCAGUACUUUUAAUCAAAAAAGUUAUCAUCUCAUGUCAGCAAACACAGAGGUCAUAAAAUAUCUUGAUACAAAUUUUAACAAACAGAUAAAAUUAAAUAAUAUAAAUUUAUUAAAAAAGUACUAAACUCUUAUUUAGUAUAUGUUAUUUAUCUUUAACAUAUUUCAUGAAAAAAGGAAUUUCAUUGUUUUCCUACUGUUAUUAAAAUAUUGUUUCUAUAUAUUUUAGAUAUUUAUACGUUUCGUACAGAUAUGUAUGAAAUUUUUAAAUUAUCAAUUUCUUUUAUACAUAUAUUGUUUCUUUUAUUUCUGUAACUGUGAUUAAACGCAUUAAAUAUAAUGUUACGAAUAACUGAAACCAAAGAAUAUGACUGGCGGUGUUUAUGGGCCUAAGAUAUAAAGAUCUCUAAAUCAAGCUAAAUAUAAGAAACUUUCUCUAAUUUAUACAUUCACUAAUACUACAUGCAAGACACUGCAUUUAUACAAUUUUGUCAUAAAGAUAUGGAAAGACAUUAACUUAAACCUGGGCGCUCAAUACGAAACAGACAUUUAGUCUAUCGUAGAUGUUAAAAAUGGAAGAAACUUUUGCACAGGUCUCUUUGACCAACUUUGUACAAGGAGGUAAGUAAAUAUAAUUAAAGAAGUUUUUUAAAGUCGUAAUAAAGAAGAUUGUUAAAUGAACGCUUAGUUGCAGAGUCCCGACGUUUUUUUGUACAUUCAUACGAAUUAGAUACAAUAUUCAAUAUAAACAUUACAAUCAUUAAAAACUUAAAUCAUCGUAUUUUAAAUAUAUUUCAUCGUAUUAGGUGCUUGACUGUAGUCAUAUGCGACACAUACAAAUGUCAUAGAAAUUUUUGUAAUGCAUUUUAACUUUUUGUUUUCAUUUUAAUAAUAUACACCUCGGAGCUAAUGACUCAUAAAUAAACUCUUUUUCAAAUUA